GCCGGAGCGAGCGCUCACCCGGACCUGCCCUUUAUGCUGGCUAUCGCUCCUGCCAGGCUCCUUCCUUCCUCGCUGCUGCCUGCGGGGCGCCAUGGCGGAGGCGCCCGGCGGGCCGUAGGUGUGGAGCUCAGAUCUGACACAAGACUCAUGUGAGCUUGCCACAUCUUGCCUUAUGGAAUAGCUCAUCCUUGCACUUCUGUAAGAGAAGAGAUUUGGAUUCUUCCUGGUGGCAGUGAUCCUACCCACUCAGUGAGUUUCCAUGGGGUACAGAUCAUGCCACUGGACUGCAUUUGGGUAAAGGAUGAGUUCAGUGUUUCUCUGAGGAGUCUUCCAACACAUUUUCCAAAUUACCUUUUAGUGGUGUUCUAAGAGAGCUUAUGUGGAACAAAUAGUAUUGGAUCAUGAGUGAAGAGAAGAACUUCGGUGCAUCCCAGAAAAUGUUGUCUCCUUCAAGAAGCACUAGCAGCUGCUCCUCCAAGCAGGGAAGUCGACAGGACAGCUGGGAAAUUGUAGAAGGACUGCGGGGAGCAAUGAAUUGUACCCAGGAGCCACAGAAGCAGGAGGGCUGCUUGCUGAAAAAGAGGAAAUGGCCUCUGAAAGGCUGGCACAAGAGAUACUUCUUUUUGGACAGAGGGAUUUUGAAGUAUUCUAAAUGCCGAGCUGAUAUAGAGAGAGGAAAACUUCAUGGCUGUAUUGAUGUUGGCCUUUCUGUCAUGUCUGUAAAGAAAUCAACAAAAUGUAUAGAUUUGGAUACAGAAGAGCAGAUAUACCACCUGAAGGUGAAGUCCCAGGAGCUGUUUGAUGAAUGGGUAGCGAAACUUCGCCAUCACAGAAUGUACCGCCAGAAUGAAAUCUCCAUGUUUCCUCACGAUGCCAAUAACAUUUUCUUCCCUGUGUCUACUACCACGGACUCUGUCCCAGGUUUCUGUGAUCCUACACCAGGUAGAAAGGCAGGCAGCUUGACCAAACAGAAUUCAACGUCAACUGGAGGUAAUUUGUCGUUUUCUUUUUCGAGUAAUGAGUCCAGGAUUUCAUCUUGGCUACAGUCUUCUGAAGACAUGGAAAAAUGCUCAAGAGACCUCUCCAACUGUCACACAUACUUACUGGAAAUGAACCAGCUGUUACAGAGCAUGGAUGUUCUUCACAGGACAUAUUCAGCACCUGCUAUAAAUGCUAUGCAGGUUGGACCUUUUGAAAGCCCAAAGAAAGAAAAGAGAACACACAGGAGGUGGCGAUCCAGAGUUGUUGGGAAAGAGGCUAAAGGAAUGUUACAGGUGCCUUCAGUAUUUUCUGCCCCUAUGAGACUGCAUGCUUCCAAUCCAAACUUAUCUACGAUAGAUUUUGUAGAGGAGAAAAAUUACUCUGAUGGCUCUGAAACAUCAUCAGAAUUUACUAAAAUGCAAGAGGACUUAUUUCAUGUUGCACAUAAAGUUUACUUCACCUUGAGGUCAGCUUUCAGCACCAUUUCUACAGAGAGAGAAAAGCUGAAGCAGAUGCUGGAGUACGAUGCAUCUUCAUCUCCAUCUGCACAAAUAGUGGGCUUGAAGAAUGCCUUAACAUCUGCAAUAGCACAAAACACAGAUCUUAAAGACCGGUUACGCAGAAUACAUGCCGAAUCUAAGAUCAUUGAUUCAGCAUCUAAUGCAAAAUCAAGCCCAGAUUUGGUGAAGGAAAAUUCAAGAGAAGAAGGCAGAGGUCUGGUUCACCAGGUCUCCAAUGAAAGCAGACUGUCUAUCGCUGACUCUCUCACAGAAUUUUUUGAUGCACAGGAAGUCCUGCUGUCUGCUAGUUCUUCAGAAAAUGAGGUAUCAGAUGAUGACUCAUAUGUAAGUGAUAUCAGUGAUAAUGUCUCAGAAGAUAACCUAAGCAAUGACAUGGAGAAUGAAAGACAAACUUUAGAUUGUAUUUCUGAAAGCGGAAUCGGAUGCAAUUCUAAACGGAGAACGUGUUUGCCAGCUCCAUGUCCUAACACAAGUAACAUCAGCCUGUGGAAUAUCCUGAGGAAUAACAUAGGAAAGGAUCUCUCCAAAGUGGCCAUGCCUGUUGAGCUAAACGAGCCCCUGAACACCCUGCAGCGCCUCUGCGAGGAGCUGGAGUACAGCGAGCUCCUGGAUAAGGCGGCGCACACGCCAAACCCCUUCGAGCGCAUGGUGUACAUAGCUGCCUUUGCAGUCUCUGCCUAUGCAUCCAGUUACUACCGAGCUGGCAGUAAGCCAUUUAAUCCUGUGCUUGGAGAAACCUAUGAAUGCAUCCGUGAAGAUAAGGGUUUCCAGUUCUUUGCAGAACAGGUCAGUCACCACCCACCUAUUUCUGCAUGCCAUGCUGAAUCUGUGAAUUUUGCUUUUUGGCAAGAUGUCAGAUGGAAAAACAAAUUCUGGGGGAAGUCCAUGGAGAUUGUUCCAGUUGGCACAACACACGUAACCCUUCCAGCUUUUAAAGACCAUUUUGCAUGGAACAAGGUGACAUCCUGCAUCCAUAACAUCUUAAGUGGGCAAAGAUGGAUUGAACACUAUGGAGAGAUUAUCAUAAAAAAUCUUAAUGAUGACACGUGCCACUGCAAACUGACUUUCAUAAAGGCAAAGUACUGGAAUCCAAAUGCACAUGAGAUUGAAGGCAGUGUCGUGGAUAAAUCUGGGAAAGUUGUGCAUCGACUCUUUGGGAAGUGGCAUGAAAGUUUGUACUGUGGGACAUCUUCAUCUUCAAACUGCAUAUGGAGAGCAAAUCCAAUGCCUAAAGAUUUUGAACAGUGGUAUGGAUUUACACAAUUUGCACUGGAGUUAAAUGAACUGGACCCACAAACUAGGUCAUUACUCCCAUCCACUGAUACACGUUUUAGACCAGACCAAAGGUUUCUAGAAGAAGGGAAUAUUGAAGGAGCUGAAAUGCAAAAGCAGAGGAUCGAGCAGCUACAGCGAGAACGACGGAAGGUGCUAGAAGAAAACAAUCUAGAGCAUCAGCCUAGAUUUUUCAGGAAAUCCAGUGAUGACUCCUGGGUGAGCAAUGGAACCUACAUGGACCUUAGAAAAGAACCUGGUUUUUCCAAACUGGACAAUCCUGUCCUCUGGUGAAAGAGGAGCUAAGUGAAGAUAUUCUGUGCUGUAUUCUUGGAUCUGAUUUAAAAGACAUAUAUAUAAAAUGUAACUAUAUAUCUAUACAUAAACACAUAUAUAUACACACACACACACAGAAUGUGUGUGGUGUGAGCAUAUGUGCAAAUGUGCAUAUCUCCAGAAUCAUGCUUAAUUUAGAAUCUGAUAAUUCAUUUGUUUCCUUUACUCAACUAUUGCGGUGAUUGUUUGAAUGUAUAAAUAUCCUAACUUCCUUUUGUAAAAUAUUUAAUAAAUAGUACUGAAUGUUAACAGAUGGAAAAGAGAGGAGCUUUUACACUACUUUUUCAAUGUGUAAUAAUGUCAGUUCUGAGUUAAAUUAUGCCUUACUGAUUUGCAUUGGAGACAGUAGCAUCAGCAUCUCCUAGCUGUGCUGAGGAACAGUGCAAGCCUUAGUAACUCAAACUGUAGGUGGGCUUCCACAGUGCAAUGAGGAGUUCAGCUGUCUCUGGGCUGGUAUAAAUUGCUAAAACAGGUUAUCAGCUGGUGCUGGAAUCUGACUAUGAUCUUUUGCUGUCAGCAGGAAAGAUUUAAGUAAGCUUUUGAUUCUAUUAACUCUCUUCUUAGCUUUAUGGAAAAGGUAGUUCUGAGCUUACGUCGGUGGUUCUACUGCCUUAUACAUAAACUGUACCUGGUUAAAUGUAGUGCUAGAAAGUCAGGAAUCGCCAAAAUUUUCCACUGGGAAAAAUUUUCACUUCAAAUUUAUAGCCCCCAACAGGGCAAGUAGAGGAGAUCAUUUGUAUAUACUCCUUGAGCACUGACUAGAUGAAGAAGCUCUCUCUUUUUCCAGUAAGUGAAAUCUUAUACAGAGCACGAAAUCCUGUGCUUCCAUAGCUUCAUUUGUUUUUAUUCACUUAAAAAUUGCAACAGUAAGACUUUUUAAAAAGCAAGCAAACUGAUUAUUUUAAGCUAGAAAUUUUUUCCUAGUAUUUUGAUAUUUUCUACCUCUUAAGAAAUAACGUAUUUAAAAUCUUAUAUUUAAAAAACUACCAUCUGCCUUAUGGAGAAGUGUAUGGAGUCUUUGAUCUUCCUCUGUUUGUUUGUUAAGUUCAGAUAAAUAUUUAAACAUCUUGCACUAAAUCAGUUGCAUCCCUUUCCUGUAAUUUUAUAUGUAUGGUUCAAUUUGUGAAGCUACUAAACCAUAGGUCAGAAAUUCAACAGGAAGCAAAUGUAGCAAAAGCCUCACUUGUGAAUGAAGAUUAUAGAGAUGGGCAGUAUUGUUGUUUUUUUUCCAUCAAAUCACAAUGCCAUAGUCAUGAACAGACUAAUUUGCAUUCCCACAUAUCUGCAACCUAAGGCUGAUCCAUGGUUCUUCAAAUCUGCUCUGUGUGUCUGCAACUCUCUGGCAGCAAUGCAGUUUUCUAUGUGAUAGAUCUGCAUCCUGUCAGCACAUCCUUUUCUUUUCUUUACCUGCCACUGUAAAGACACCAAACAAGCCCAAAUGCUGGCAUGUUAAACUGGCUUUUGACUGGAACAACUGGACAUGGUAUGGAUAAAAUAGACUCCUAGAAGGACAGACUAAUAGCUUAGAAAAGCUUGCACUUUACUGCAAUUGUUCUGCAUUGUUCUAGAGAAAAUCUAUUAAAAAUGGAUCUAUGUAUUAUAUGUAACAUGAAGGAAAUACUAUGAAGGUUUUAAAUUUUAAACAUAAUCUGUAGUGUCAGAUUACAUGUAUAUUUGAACUUUGCUUUCUAUUACCUUGAAGCCUCAUUGUUUCAGAGGCAGAUGAAUGCUUUUUUACAAUUUUUCAUUUUGCCCAGGAUCUCUCCCUCACCAUCAUUUCCAUAAUUUAUUACCAAAGAAGUUAGCAUAAUUAUAUCUAAUUAAUAUGUCCUUGAAAAACUUGACUACCAUGUCAGCAGCUUUAAAGAAGGCAAGGUUCACACUUGUAUGAAGACAAAAUCUGGGUUUUGAUUCCAAAGGAAGUAUUAAACUUUGGGGGCUGUUUGGCUUUUCAAGAAAAAUGAGGUUCUCUUCAUGCCUUGUUCCCUUCCUGUCUUUUAUCCUUGUAGUAACUGUCAAAACCUGGCACAGAGAUGAGUUGAUAAUUGCAAUUAUCCUUGCUGUUGGUAAUUGCAAUUUAUACUAAAAUUAAGGUUCAUUUAAAAACAAAAGAGGGUAGAGGAAAUAAAAGCUUUUAAGAAAAGGAGCAAAAUUUGUGGAGGCUGCAUUAAGCUUGCUCAUUGUCAUAUUUGGCAGCUACUGUGAUACUGCCUGAUUGCUGGGUUUGUAUAUUCUGUGUGUGGAGGGGAUUCCCCCACACAGGUAUUAAACAAAACAAGUCUCAUAUGGGAUAUGUGAGUCAUGAUUUUUGAGAAAUCAGACUGGCAGUGCCAAGUCUGAUUUCUCUAACACUUCAAAUGUUCCAAAAUACAUGGGAUGAAUGACAAGAAGCAUUGGGGUGAGCAGUGCCUUAUAUAAAAACUUCUUCAUCAAGAUUUCUGUAUCAAGAAAGUAAACUCCAGAAUUUUAGCACUGUCUCCAUAAAAAUUCCUGAGAAUAAUCCAGGGCGUUUCUUAAAUGCAUGAAGCAAAAUCAUUGAACAAGUAAUUGCUCCUUUUGUAAAUCUAUAAUACACACUUCCACACACAAUGUAACCAGUUGUGAAUGAUCCUCUGACCCCACAUUUCCAACUGCAGUAUAGUUUUCCCUGCUUACUUUUGUAUAAAACAAUUGGGUUUAGUUGUUAAACUUCUGUUAACUGUAUAUUAAGAAGUGGAAGAAGUUUGUCUUGAUGUUAGUUCUGUGUAUUUCUGCAUGUAAAUAUAUUCAACAUUCACAAAGUUAAUAUAUUCUAUAAAGUUAUUCUUGGUAAAAUAUUAAAUUUUGGUAAUUUUCUUCCCCAAAACUUCAGCUGUGUUAAUGAGUACAAAAAUUAUAUUAGCUUUCUGCAGUACAACUAAGGCAACUGUUAUUCUUAAUAACUGACACUGAGGGUCUUUUUACUCACUUUAUUUCUACCCUGAAUGGUAAAAAAAGAAUGCAUCAGGCAACUUAACUGCUUCCUUUCACACACAGCUGUGUUCCCCAAGGUGUGUAGCUCAAUGGACCAGUCUUAAAAUUUCCUGACCCUUGCCUGCUGUUAUGGCUCUCUUAUUUCAUGACUUUGUAAACACUCUUUAAUAUGAUUUUGGAGGCCAGUUUGAUAGGCACUCGUGCAGCUCUGCCUUUCUUUGUGUGUCUCUUAAUAAAGUAAAACCCUCUCUAUAAACUUCCAUCAAGGUGAUGGAGCAGCUCAGGCCUUUGGGUCUUGAAGCCCUGCUUCAUUUUUCAAGUUGUAAAGCAUGGAAAGAAAAAAAAAUUCCAGGGAAACACAGGAACAGAAACCCACAGCUAUACUUUCAGAUUUGCAGGCUUGAUGGUUAGUUUCUGAUUUUGUGUAAAUUUGUGAUCACAAAACAGCAUCGCUUGUUCAGGAGGCAACUCUGGGUAGUGUAAAGUACCCUUUAGACCAAGUAGAACUAGAAUUCACCAUUAAUCACUGCAUUCCUUUCUGGAUCUCUGUUCUCUGAGAUAUGCCUGAUGUGAUAGUUUGCCAGCACUGAACUAAUUCUUUUAGGCAUUUUUUGAAGUACAGAUCCAGUAGUCUGUACUUAGGUUCUUUAUGCAGAGCUUGGAAAGUCAGAUGCCUGGAAGAAGGACAAAAACCAGCCCAAAUUUUGAUAAGGAAACAUCCUAGAGAUCUGUUCUUACACCAACCAGGGUUUUUUUUUAAAGGACUGGAAACAGGAUUGCUGCUUUCUUUUAAAAUCUGGCCUCUGAAGGACAUAAUAGUUGCAAACACAUUCACCUGUAUUACCUGGCAGCUUAGUGUUGAGUCCAGAUCAUAGGACAAAGAACCAUCAAUUCACAGGACCAGAAAUUAGGGCCCAGCCAGGGACAGCUUUCAUGUUGCACUAUGGUCCAGUACUGGUCUCAAAACAAACAACUCCCCUCGAAAAACCCAACCUAACAAAGACCUCACCCUUUUCCAUGCCCCCCACUUUCCCUCAGCUGUUUACAGUCCUGCUCAGGUUUUCUAUGUGGUCCCUUUUUCACUGUCCUAUUUUUCUCUUUAUUAAAAAACCUGAUGAAAAGGAAUACAUACCAAGUGUCCAUACCAACAAAUGAUAAAUCAUACCUAGAGGCUGUAGUUAAAUUCUUUUCCCCAUAAACUCCUCCUGUAUCUUUUCUUUGAUUGUGAAUAAGACUUUCUUACGCUCUGGAGUCAGACCUGGUAAGGGUAGUGUGCUAUGGAAAUAUGCAGCUGUAUCUGCUCAGCAGAUCCUAAUUACAAAUGUCCUUGCAUCUGUUUUUGUGUAAAUCCCUUGUGUUGUGUCUCCAAACGACCAGCUUGGCAGAGCAAGAAACUUUCAGCAUAUCUUGCUUUGUUCAGUAUGGCUUCUUUUUUGUGUGUGCGACUGAUGCAGAGGGGGCAAGCUGAAGAGGAGUGCAAAACUUGGUUCAUGGUGCAUAGAGAGAAGGAUGACAUCCAACUUGUCCACAUACCUGAAUACAUCUUGCAAGGGCUAGAAUAAGAUGGUGCUAUUCAAAGGAGUGACAUUAAAAUGACAGGUUUUUUUGGUUGAGUGUGUUUUCAUUCAUGAAUUAUUCCUAGAAUAAAUAAAAUUCACAGUAUUCAACAACUCAUCCUUUCUAUUCUCUAGCUACUGGUGGGUGCAACUUACUCCAGCAGCUGUGGGCUUAUAAGAAUUGCACAUUAUCUGGCUUACCUUUUAAAACUUAGUAAAUGCUGUAACCUACCACCAAAUGUGUUACUGUACUGCUCAGUUCUUAGAUACUGUUCUUGCUGCAGCUUUUUGAAAGCAAUAAGAGAAAUUUUCCGCAUAAGUAGUUGCCAUCUAUUAAAGAAUUAUUUUAAAUGGUUCAUUUUUUUAAGAUAUAAAUUGUGGAUUUGGUGUUUUAAUGUGUAAAACAAAACUGUAUUAAAGCUUAUGAGAAUGUUUGGGAUGCUGAUCCACAAGAGGUGAUGAUGUCCAUCAGCUCCACACAUUGGAGUUGGUUGGCAUCCCUGAGAUCUGAAAGACUUUGUGGUAACAGUAUUUUCCUAGUUCCAGUAUUGGAAAGCGAUCCCACAUGUAUGAGGUAUUACAUAAAUAAUGCUGCUAAGUGCUGAAUUUGUUGUUUGUUUUCAUAGGGCAUUAUUGAUUUCAGAUUGAGGAAAGGUGUCUUAUGUAUUAGAAUUAUUGCUGACUUUCAGAUGUUUGAGAAGUCUCUGUAGUCAGGACCAUCCCUGUUUUCUGCUUCACUCCAAAAAUUUGUAAUAACAUUGGAGUACCUGGAUGCACAACUUGAUUUAUUAUUUUUGUCUCUGUAACCAAUUUAGUUGGAUGUUAAUAAAUCAUACUUGCAAAAGGUCACAGAGCACCCUGACUUUUUCCCAGGGGUCGUAAGCAUCUUUCUUCAAAGGUUGUUAGUGGCAGCUGAAACAAAUCUCACUGCUGUAGUGAUCUGUGCUUUUUACACUUUGCAAAAUGGCAAGUAGGAAAGAGCUUCCAUCUGCUAGAACCCUUAUUUAUCACUAUAACAAUCUGUCUGUUAGUUGUGCAAUGUUCCAGUUGUACUGCUCUGCACAGCUCUGCUGCACAGCUAACGUGCCAGACACUGGGGCAGGAAAAGGGGUAAGCUGAUGGAAUCCAUUUACAGCUGGGAGUUUAUUCUUAAAAGCAGUUUUUAGCAUACAGAUGUGCAGCAUAAAUAUUAUGCUUUAGUAUGAAUUUAGAAACCACAAAGUAAAUGUUUUCCAUAAAACAACUUUUAAAAACAAGGAAACAUUGUAUUUAUGGGUAAAAUAAAUAACUGGAAAGGAAGGAUAUCAGUGUGUUGGUUUUUCCCUUAGAGAUGAUGAUUUAGGACAGCGCUGCCAAUCAGACCUCAACAAUGUCUCACAGUCCCACCAUAUGUGUGUAAGAUGCAAUAGGGACAGACUAGGAUGUUGAAAACUGUGGGAGUACAGUGAGUGUAACUCCUGACCAACGUGAAAUUCCUGACUGCAGGUCUGCAGCACUUUGCAGCCUCAGCGUCUACAAAGAUUUGGUGGGAGGGAGCAUGGAGCUUUCAGGAAGAGCUGGGAAAACUCGAUCUAUACAUUUGUUACCAUGCAAAAUAUCCUCCACUGUUGAAUAUGGCAAAAUCAGGAUAGAGGCCAAAAAGAAAAACAGUCUUUACAGUGGGCCAGAAUCAGCUCCUGGUUUUUUGAAAUCCAGCCAUAUCGGUUCUAUUGGGUUAAGAACUUUGGAACUUUCUCAUUGUGUCAGGGGGAAUUAUUUCAUUGCUGAUUAUUUCAUAGAGAUCUGAUACUGUUUAAUUGGUAUCUGAAAUAACUAGCAUUUAGUUCAAGUUGCUGGGAAAGUUCUGGUUUAUAGAAGCAGUAGUAUUUUUUUCGUAAUUGUAAAAGGGAGAGGAAGGUUGCAAGGGAUGCUCAUUAUUGGUGCCCCACUCAUGAGCACUCAGGGCAGCAGGAAUUUCUCUUACAGAGAAAUGGAUAUGGAGUGAAUUUCUCAUGACCAUCCCUCAAGCUAAUGCCAUGCCAAAUGCCCACAGUGCUACCCAGACAAAACAGGCUCUUCUCCUCUACAGAACUGCAAGAUCAACUUGGCUUGUGUAGAACUUGCAUCCAAUUUGUGUUUAAGCUCAGUUGUCUUUUCAUUUACAAUAAUCUCUAUUUAAAACUCAUUUUGCUUACUGCAAAAUGAUUCAAACCUUCAUAGGAUGAGGAAAAACAAUGACAGCUGAGCAAAGCUUGCUCUACAUAGUAACCAACACAUCUUGGCUUUUUUGUUGUUGUUUUUUUAUGCCUCUAUAAAUUAUGUAUUAUAUAUAUAAUACAUAAUUAUAUGUUCCUUAUAUUUCUUUCAGGUUGCAAAAGUUGCUCUCUGUGCAUGGUUUAUUGGUUUUUAAUUUAGAUCUCUCUGUUUUAUGCAAAAGAAUUUGUAGGGUUAUUAUCUGUUUUUAAAUGGGGUUAAAUGCUGGCCAGAAUCCAAAUUCUUAUGUAUACUUACGAAUUUGUAUCUUUGCUUACUCUGUACCUAGGGAAAUAUUUGAAAUUACUUUGUGCAAACUCUCAUUUGAGGUAAAUCAACAUUGCUCUACUGAGUUGAAUGUAAUUGAGGCUUGAGUUAACUGAGAAUUUCUCUCUGUGGGCUCGAUGAUAUAAGUUUUUACAGGCUCUUGAAACAGUAAUAAAUUGAAACAGUAAUAAAUUCCUGGAACAUAAGAUGUUGUGUGUGAACAUCCGAUGUUUCUGACUGUAAUUUCAGACUCCAGGAAUUAUUGUCU